AUGAGGCCAAACCACAAUAAAAUAAAGAGAACUAAUGCUAGGGCGUCCCCCUCAAGCGACGGGUACUAUGGAUAUGCUGCAAAUGCUAGGGCGUCCCCCAGAAGCGACGAAAACCCGGAUCACCGACUCGCUGUACCACUGUUCGAAUUACGCAUAGCUACUUGGAACAUUGGUACAAUGACAGGACGCAGUGCCGAACUAAGUGCAAUUUUAGAACGACGUCGCAUAAACCUAUGCUGUGUGCAGGAAACAAAGUGGAAGGGCGCCAAAUCACGGCAAAUCGGAAAAGGUUUCAAACUCAUUUACAACGGUAUAGAAAACACCAAGAAUGGUGUUGGAAUAGUAUUAGACAAAUACCUUAGUGAGAACGUUGUAGAAAUCAAUAGAAUUAGUGACCGCAUCAUGUCCGUGAAGAUCGCAUUAGAAAAACAACCAUGCCUUAACGUCCUUUCCGUCUAUGCACCACAAGUUAACUGCCAAGAAGCCGAAAAACAGCAAUUCUGGGAAGACCUCCAUGAUCUGUUAAAAACACUGCCGGCAACAGAGCAAAAAGUGGUAUGUGGUGAUUUGAAUGGCCAUGUGGGAAAAGACAGGGACGGUUUCGAAGGUUAUCAUGGUGGCUUUGGUUUCGGCCGACAAAACAGUGAAGGCGCUACUAUUAUGGAAUUUGCUGCCUCCCAAAAUCUUGCAGUUGUUAAUACCUUCUUUCAAAAGAAGGAAGAACAUUUGAUCACAUAUAAGAGUGGAAGGGCAAAGACGCAGAUAGACUAUAUUUUGAUUGAUAAACAAAACCUAAAACAAAUCAAAGACUGCAAGAUAAUUCCGGGGGAACCCCUCACUUCCCAACACAGGCUACUAUUAGCGGCUCUAAAACUUAGAAAACCUGUUAAAAUUAUAAGACCUAAAGUGGAAAAUAUAAAGUGGCAUGAGCUUAAAACGGAAAAGGGGAACUCUCUACGGAAAAAGAUAGCGAAUUUUAUGUGCGAACACCCCCCAAGAGAUAACACUCCUACAGAAAUCUGGAAGAAAUUUGAAAAUCACUGUGUCAAUGCAGCAAAGCUAGAGCUAGGAACUAGUAAAGGAGCCCUACACAAUACGAAAGAUACUAAAUGGUGGAACACUCAGGCCAAAGACAGUGUUUCUGAAAAGAAACGUCUAUUUAAAAUUUGGCAGAAAUCUGGUUCGCCGGAAGAUAAAGAGCUGUAUCAAUCUGCAAAGAAAACUGCCAGAAGAACGGUAGCAACUGAAAAGGAAAGAGCUAACAUCGAUCUAUACCAACGCCUGGAACUAGCAACUGACACUGACGUAUACAAAAUAGCUAAACAUAGAUAUAACGAUUGCAAAGACUUCAGAAUUACAAAAUACAUUAAAAACGAAGAAGGGCUGCUACUUACAGACAACGCGGACAUAUGUAAAAGGUGGCAUAGGCUUUAA